UCCCCUCGAAAUGCAUACCCACCUACACCUAAAUCGAACCCCCAUGACAUUGCCUUCUGCACUAUCGUUUUUCGAGCAAAUCCAGCACAGAAUUGGCGAGUACGUGCCCGUCGAAGAUGCGGAGGAGGAGGUGUGCGAGCUGUACAGCGUUUACUAUAGCAAGAGCGCGGAAACCAGACCCAACCUUGUCGAUGCUACCAAAUCCGAACUGGACAUCGAGCUGCAGAGUGGAAAAACAACUAUUUCACUCACUAUUGCGCAGAACCCAAAUAUUAACUGCGAGCUGGGACAGACGGGAGCCGUCCUGUGGGACAGCAGUGUAAUCAUGGGUCAGUUCUUUGUAGACCAGCAGGCGGGUGGAUCCUGGGACCUGAGCCAACUAAAUAUCCUCGAGCUAGGAUCGGGAUGUGGACUUGUUGGACUAGUUUUGCAUCGCCUUGGCGCUCGCCAGGUCAUUCUCACAGACCAACCUCGCAUGAUGAAGCUGCUAAACAAAAACGUAGAGCUAUGCAUGCAUCAGUCCGCAACACUGCAUACCAGGGACAAAAUCAAGAGGGACGGAGCCAAGGGGAUUGUGUAUGCAACGGAGUACCUGUGGGGACAUCCGCCAACGGAUCUCCGGGUGCUGCAGGCAGGUAUUGACAUGAUUGUUGUUAGCGACUGCGUGUUCCAUGAGACUGUCGCCAGCCUGCUUGCAGACACGCUUGUCGAUGCAUGCCGCAGAGCCCGCAGCGACAGCAGCAGCUACAGCAAGCAUCCUGUCGUUGUUGUCAUCGGACAAGAACUGCGGUCAGACAUUGUGCACCAGGAGUUUGUCGCACGGCUCUUGGAGAGCUUUAUUCUGUAUCGUGUUCCAGUCAGCGACCACGCCGACGGAUACCACACCCUUUAUGUAGCAUGGCUCAAGCAUUAGGUUACACCAAUUGAAGUUUAAAGGCCUGUUGAGUCGUUCGGGGUGUAGAGCCCCGAUUUGGACUGAAGUGAUGAAACAGAUCGCUCGAUAAGCGUAUAUAUGAGCCGUGAUGGCUGUUGAUAAGAGCCACGGUACGACGCUCUACGGCAGGAUCCAGCAAUCAUGUGCUAGCACUAGUUCCGUCACCGAAAAGAAAGAAAUAAAACG